AUGCUGACCAUAUCUUGUGCAGAGAAAGGUGGCUCAGUCGACAGCGGGUCCAUUCGGGAGUACCGGUUGUACAAGCGACGAUGGGUAGGGCUUGUGGCUCUCGUCAUACUCAAUAUCGUAGCGGGUACGACGCUUGUGUGGUUUGGGCCCAUAGCAAACACGGUGGCGAAGGACUUUGGCUUCACGUUGAACCAGAUCAAUUGGUUUGGAAACGUCGUCAACGUCGUCUACCUCCCUUCCGCCUUCGUUGUGCCCUACUUGUACGGGAGGUUAGGCGUACGGAAAACGUGCUUCAUCGCUGGCGCACUAUUCGUAGUAUCCGCUUGGGUUCGGUAUGCAGGAACUGCGCGCGGUUUGUCGGUCAACGGAUCGUACGCUUUGAUUAUGGUGGGACAGCUCUUGGCAGCGGUAGCACUCCCUAUAUUACAAGUGGUCGUUCCGAGCUAUUCAGAACGAUGGUUCGACUUCAAGGGUCGGACGACGGCUACGAUGAUCAUGGGUCUCGCGAAUCCUGUUGGAAGUGCGAUAGGGCAGCUGGUCCCACCCCUUGUUAGCACAACGCGGCAGUCGAUACUGGUCAUGGCGAUUAUUUUCACGGCUGCAGCUCCCGUCGUCAUCUUCGUAGGAGAGGCUCCACCUACACCUCCCACCUUCGCUGCUACCCACAGGCAUCCAUCCCUGACAUCUCUCAUGCACGCGAUGUUCGGAAAGGUGCCUCGCGAUCGAUAUGCGUACAUGACCGUGCGCCAGAGGAUCGAUUUUGUGAUUCUCUGCCUCUUGUUCGGCGUCAUCGUAGGAGUUGUCAACACCUUUGGGAUUCUGACGGCGGAACAACUCGAACCCUACGGAUACUCAGAUGAUACCGCCGGGCUGAUGGGAGCCGUCCUGCUCCUCGUCGGACUGGUCGCGGCGGCGAUCAGUUCGCCGCUCUUCGACCGCGUCUUCACGAGACAUCUAGCGCUCUUCGGGAAGCUGCUCCUUCCCGGCAUCGCCGCCUGCUACCUCGCGCUCAUAUGGGAGAUUAAGCCGAACAACGCGGCAGUGUUGUAUGUGCUCGUGGCCAUCAUCGGCGCCAUAGGCCUCACCCUCCUCCCGGUCGUGCUCGAGCUUGGAGUCGAGCUCACGCGGAACGCGAAUGGCAGUUCGGCGGUGCUGUGGUUCUCCACGAACCUGUUCGGACUCAUUUUCGUCCUCGUCGAAGGCGCGCUGCGUGCUGGCCCCGACGCGGAUCCCCCAUUGAACAUGCACCGCGCGUUCAUCUUCCAGGGCGCGGUGGUCGCAGUGGUCGUCGUGUUCGUCUACCUCGUAGAGGGCAAGCAGACGCGUCGUUUCCAGGACGAGGAGAAGCGCGAAGAGGCUGACCGAGCGCUGGACCUCGAGAGCCGUCGCCGCCAAGGAGCGCAGGUGGAGGUGCAUGAGGUGCAGUCGCGGACAGCGGUCGGCAGCACGCCGGAGGAGCCGAAACCCCAGAUGUCGCCGAGCGACGUCGACUUGGAGAGCGGGAAGGAGACGGAGGGUCCGGUCGGUACGGGGACAUGA